GAUAGACACAAUAUUAUCAACUCGGUUUUACUAAGGAUUCUCACAGUAUUACCUAUGUUCGCAAUCAAUGUUUGUUACGGCUUGCUCCCCUACGAGUGCUAGCUCACAGGGGCUAUGGUGUGGGUAUCCCAGUGCUUAGGAUGUUCUACAUUUCUGUUAUCAGGGCUUUAAUAGACUAUGCUGCUCCAGUCUUGUUACGGUAUAGUCCAACACAGCUGAAACCCCUUGAGUACAUUCAGAAUGAGAGCAUGAGAGUAAUCUUAGGCUGCCCCAAGACUGCAAAGCUUGAAGUUCUCCGAGCAGAAUUGGACCUCCCACCAUUGUUUGUCGAAUACAGGAAAUCACCUGCCGUGCACUGUGUCGGAUGGCAUGUAAUGGUGCCAGCCAACCCUUGCGUUCCCUUGCCCACCUUCAUGCUAACCCCAGGGCCCCUGCUAACUCUUACUUGAGACAGCUUUUAACAUCACUAACCAAAUUUGAUGUCCUUGACUCCUACCUCAAUGUUGUUACCACCUCUGGUUCCCCUCUUGGAGACCUCACAAAGUCAGUGUAGAUAUAGAAAAACUUGCUGCUCCUAAAUAUAACUGGUUCCCACAUGAACUUAAAGAUCUUUUUAUGCAUAAAUUGUCUAACUACUCAAGGGUGCAGGCUGUACAUGUUUACUGUGAUGGUUCAGUGGAUGGCAGCAAAUCUGGAUGUGGCCUGUUCAUCCGCAACUACACCUCUCCCUCUGAAUACACUGACACUGAGGUGUCCAAGAGGCUUCCUGACAAUCUGUCCUCUACAAGGGCAGAACUAUAUGCCAUGCUAGAAGGUUUACAAAUUGUCCUUCCUUUGGGGAAAGAUGUUUACUUUUUUGUUGAUAGUCAGAGUGCCUUAUAUUCAUUGUUGUCUCCUUCCCCUGCUGAUUGUGAUCUCGUCAACAAGUGUCUUGGUGUCAUUGAUCUCUUGGAGAGAUAUAAUCUCAGAGUAUGUUUCACCUGGGUGCCUUCUCAUGUUGGCAUUUCCCAUAAUGAAAAAGCUGAUGUUCUUGCCCGUCACUCCCUUACUGAGGACAUUGCUGACUGUCCUGUUGAACACACUUAUAAUAACAUCAAGGGUCAGCUUAAACGUCAUGUUUGCAGCACCAUUGCUCAUAACCUUGACACUUGUUAUGGGAAAGGCAGUCCCAGUUCAGUCCAUUAUGUCAAUGGCAGACUCAGACGUGAAGGGCAGAGAGAUGCCGGAAGGCAGUGAGCCAGAGUGGAAAAACUGGUUCGCUGCGAUGAUGGAGCGGAUGGACAAAAUGUCAAGUGAAAUAAAACAGGAAGCAAGUGACAUAAAACAGGAAACAAGUGCGAUAGUAAUGCGAAUGGACCUGAUGAGAGAGGAGAUGCUAACUGCAAUCGGGGAGGCAAGACAAUUCACUGUGGAACACAGCAAGAGGCUGCGCCAGGACCUGACGGAAGAGUUCAAGGAGGAACUGGUAGCAGUGAGACAACAGUGUGAGGGACGCACUGGAGUCGCUGAGAGCGUGGUGGGCAGCCGCCCGUGUCCUGAGGUGGUGGACACUGGUUCGGGGAAGACCGUCAUCGGGGAAGAAGUUGUGGCAGUGCAAGACCUCCCUGUGGCAGACAGGCAGCUUUGUGGCGUGACUGGACACAGUACGACGCCACGAGGCCCUGUGAUGUGUACGAUCAUGGUGGGUGGCGUGGAGAAGCUACCAGCAUUCGUGGCCGACAUGGAGGAACCCUGUCUGGUGGGGCUGGACUCCCUGGUUCAGAGUGCAGCGUCUGUGGACUCUGGAAGGAUGCAGAUGCAGGUAUAUGAGGAAAUGUUACCGCUGAUCCUGGAGGACGCUGCUGAACAGGUCGAGAGCCCCGUGACAAGUUCAGAUGUCAAGGACGAGAGGCUGGAGCUGCACUGCUGAGUCAUGAGGGAAGGUGAGGUUGCAGACGCCACUGUGAGAGCCCAGGAAUGCCAGGCAGCGGUGAUUAGCUGCGGUGGUGAGGUUGCAGACGUCACUGGGACAGGACACGGAAGGCAGGCCAGGGCUCUCACUAAAUUACCUUAGUUUAAGGUAAUUUAGAUACUUUUAAGGUAAUGUCUAAGGUAAUGCAAUUUUUAAGGUAUUUCUAAGGUAAUUUGAGUAUAUUUAGGGUAGUGUUUAAGGUAAUUGUUAAAUGCAAUUCUGAUAUACUGUAAUAGCCAAAAUGGGAUGAUAUUUAUGGUUCUGAACAACCCCAGUAUAUUCUGCACCACAAACUAUUCUUUACAAAGACUUGGCGAGUCUGGUUCACGUACAGUACAAGUUCAAUUCAGAAGUCGAGAAUAUCAUGACUCCCAUACCCGGUUGCGGACGCGUUCCGUACUCGUCACUGGCUCGUCAUCUAUAAAUACUCUCCGUCGUGACGACGUCGGUACUCUGUUCACAACAACCGUAGCAAACUGCUGGACACAGUAGAUGGCAUCCCAAUACUUGUCUACUCCUGAGGCAGGCAGCGGCGAGCAAUGACGGUCGUGAGGUGGACGGAGACGCGGGUGAAGCGAGCCCCGCGCUAUCUCCAUAUGUGGCGGACUUGGAAGUAUAUAGUUCUACCAAACAGACUCCUGAGCAGGUGGUGAAGUUGGAGAAGCGGCUGAUGGAGCACGAGGACGUCUUCAGCCGAGAUGCACAAGACCUUGGCUGCAUGUCGCUGGUUCACCCCUCCAACACGACAGACAGUCCGUCGAUGAAGCAGCCACAUGGCAGUGUCUCGUUGGCCAAGAGAAGAGAUGAGGCUGCCUCUGAACCAGGCCACUGGACGACUACCUGAGGAAGAGCUACCACUGACAACUCAUGAGGUGGUAGUGAUGUUGCAGCAGCGGAUGGAGGUUACACGGCGACAGGUGGCGAACAAUCGCCGCCUCGCUGGGCAAGCCAUGACCCGCCAGUACCAGCUGCACGCCGGUGACUCCCAGUAUGUGUUGUGAGACACAUACAAGCCUCGUAGGAGACGAGGCACCACUCUGAAGAGGCUGGAGAAUUACUGGGAACAUGGGAAGGCCAUACACCGCUCCACAAUGACUCGCAGCCGUCACUGUCCACAUUGGCCGCCUGUGGGCUGUCGUGGAGGAAGGACACUUCACGUGGGCCAGCAGGGACCACCCUCGUCGCCAGACAACGAGGUGAAAAGUGACAGCGAGGUGGUAGGUGAUGGCGGUAUGAAAACUAUGUUGUGAAGUGUGUGGUGAUUGUGACAGUGAAUAGUCGGGACAACUAUUUUUCGUGGGGGAGGGCAGUGUUGUAACGGCGCCCGGGGGAAGGGGGGGUAGCUACUUGCAGGAGUGAGGUGGUAUUGUUAAGAGACAGAAAGUGGGGGACCGGAAGUGAUGGCCACGCAGGUGGAUAAAACCAUUGUGAUUGGCCCAGAGGCGAGCGAGUGCAGUGUUGCAAAAGGGGGUGGUAUUUAAGCUGCCCCAGCUAGUGCGGAGCAGUCAGUCCCGCCCGCGAGCAGUCUCGCCCAGCUCUGCUCUGGAUCUGGUUACUUGCAGCUGGCCGGUCCCCGCUCUUGGCGUCUACCCAGUUCUCCUGAUCCUGCGUGAGGAUGGUCUGGUCCUCUGGUGAUCCUGUGCCCACCAGCUUGAGGGAGUAGCCGUCUCUGUCCCCGCGAGCAGUUGCAGCUGUUGUCUCUGUCUCGCUCUGCUCUCCGUUCUCGUAGCCCGCAUUCGCACUGUGUACUAACUUGUAUUUUCCUGUUGUACUGUGUUACUACCAAAGUAAACAUAAGAAGCUGUACCAAGUGUUUCCUGCCAGUCCUGCCUGUCUGAGUGAGUCAGUCUGCCUAAGUAAGUACCUCGCAUUCCACACUAGUCAUGGACCCUCGUCAACUUAUCCUUGUGCCGCCCCUGUCCUGAAUGCUGUCCUGGUCUCUGCAGCUAAG